UUUUUGUCGCGUUUCUUCGCGACAUUCGUUUAUUAAAUUGUUUCAUUCGAAGGUUUAUAAUUAAAAACUUUGGAACAUUAUUUGCUUAGCAAGGCAUCUUUAUUUGUUCUGUUAGAAGCUGUUUAAAUUUCAGCUGUGUAUUUUGUCGUCAUUUGAUAACAAUAGCGACUGACAUUUCAUACCCCGUCAUUUGGUGACGAGGAGUUUGUUGACGUACCUUUGCUAAAUCAAAUGCAGCAACAACAACAUCACUAUCAAAUGGAACCACAGCAUCAGUACCAACAAGAUGAUACACAAAAUAUGGGCUUGUUGGACGAUCAACAAAAUCAGUACACACUGUGGAAUCCAGACUCGCAACAAAUGUACAUCAAUUCAAACGAUUAUGAGCUGCAAACAAACAAUCAAAUGUACUACACGGAUCCGAUGAGCAUAAGCAAUAACCAGCCGAUACAAUCACAGCAUAACAAUAUGAUGAUGCCACCACCGCAAAAGUCCCCGCAAAUAACCAGUCCGAUGAGUUUUGUCGGACAGUCGCCACAUGCCUACGGUGAAAAUGGUACAACCAGUGAUGACAGUGACGAUAGUUUGGUUAGAGGGGCAAAUAGCCUGAAACGACCAUCACCCGAACCGCUUAGCGAGAAAUUGAGUCCUACGUCGAAAGUAGCGAAAGUUUCGGCUGUUAAAAAACCGAAAGUUCAGCGCAAACGGAAGAAGAAGGAUCCGAACGAACCGCAGAAGCCAGUCUCUGCAUAUGCUCUUUUCUUCCGUGACACACAGGCAGCUAUCAAAGGACAAAAUCCAAAUGCUUCGUUUGGUGAAGUGUCAACGAUAGUAGCGUCCAUGUGGGACGUCCUAGCACCGGAGCACAAAGAUGUCUAUAAGAAAAAAACAGAGGCUGCAAAGGCGAUCUAUCUGAAAACAUUAGCCGCAUAUCGUGCAAGUGUCGUGUCAAAAGGUACCGAUCUGGAAUCGCCGCCACCUCCACAAUCACAACCGAUUCAAUCAUCACCACAUUCUCAAAUGAAUAACAGUGUGCCAAAGCCGCAUGCCGUUUCACCACAGCAGUUAUCUCAAGGUCUUCCAAUACAACACUCUAAUCAGAGUCAAUACAUGGCUGCUCAGCCACCACAACCACUUCAGCAGCAGCAGCAACAGCAGCAGCCACAUCCUCAGCAUCAACCACAACAACAGCAACAAUUGCAUAAUAAUUAUGUGCCCGUACAAUAUACGCAGCAAUACAAAUCUCCGACGCAAGAUUACAUGCAACAACCAAUGCACCAAAUCAACAAUUCGAAUAUCAAUCAAAAUCACUUAGGCUAUGGAGGCUAUGAUCACAAUCACCAACCGCAGCAGCAGCAGCAGCAGCUCCACCAACAUCAACAACAACCCAUUGAGAUGCACAAUGGCUUAAUGGAAAGCAACGGCUAUCACAUGCAACAAUCCAUGCAAAAUUCACAUCAACAACAUACGAAUUCACAUCAACAACACACGGCUUCACAUCACAUAACUGGCGGUGCUGACCAAAUGGGAGCAACAGGCAUCGCACCGUCACCAAAUAACGCGUAUCAUCACCAAUCGAAUGUUCUACAAAAGUGUAUACGCACAGGGUGCACGAACCAGGCCAUAACAAGUCCAGACUGGGAGGACGAGUACUGUUCAAACGAAUGUGUCAUUAAUCAUUGUGGCGAUGUAUUUGGAAAUUGGAUCCAAAAGAAUGGACAACAGCAACAGCAAACCUAUUCGGCUGUUAAGUAAGAGAUAUGCGUGCGGAUGAGAUAUGUAAAAUUUAAGAAAACAGCAACAUUGCCAACAUGCUAGGAAUAUGACGGUGGAUUGAACUUCCAUUCGAUGCUAAGUGAUAGUAACGAUAAGCUGACACGUUUUUUUGAGAUAAGGACUGGGUCGAACACAUCGGCAUAAACGACUCGAUUGGUAGUUCAACCGGUUAGUUGUUAUGCUCAUGAUAACUACUUUUCUAGUAUUGCAGAGACACGAGUCUCCCUGUAUGGACUGUUAAAAAUGCAGAAGUAAGAGAAUCCUUUCUUAACAAAAACUUUCGGCAUUCAGUCAAAAAAUUCAUUUUUUUUCAUUUUGUAAAUUGAGUCAUUGUCUAAAUUGCAAACCAUUGACAUUCACUUUCUAUUUCAAUUGAAUGAUUUGAAGAAUCAAAAUCGUACAUGAUAUGCUAGCGCGUAAGUUACUACCAAAGUAUUUGGUAAACAUCACAGUUCAAGCUCCAUUUGUCGAGUAUUCUUGCCGUUGCAAUGAAAAAUAAUCAAUAAGCCCAUACCCAUAUACAUUAUUGUUAAUUGAAAUAAAUAAACAAA